AUGGCUGAAGCUUCUGAUGUUAAAGCUUCAUUGCCUGAAGCAGAGAAGAAGAAGGAACAAAGCUUACCCUUUUAUCAGCUUUUCUCAUUUGCUGAUAAAUAUGAUUGGAUUCUUAUGAUCUCAGGAAGUAUUGGUGCCAUUAUUCAUGGCUCUUCUAUGCCUGUUUUUUUCCUUCUCUUUGGUCAAAUGGUUAACGGUUUUGGUAAAAACCAAAUGGAUUUGAAGAAAAUGACUGAUGAAGUUUCCAAGUAUGCACUUUACUUUGUGUACCUUGGCCUUGUGGUUUGUAUAUCAUCAUAUGCAGAGAUUGCAUGUUGGAUGUAUACUGGAGAGAGGCAAGUUAGCACCUUGAGGAAGAAGUAUUUAGAGGCAGUGUUGAAACAAGAUGUUGGUUUCUUUGAUACAGAUGCUAGAACUGGAGAUAUAGUUUUCAGUGUUUCAACUGAUACACUUUUAGUCCAAGAUGCUAUUAGUGAGAAGGUUGGGAAUUUCAUACAUUAUCUAUCAACUUUUCUAGCUGGGCUUGUGGUUGGUUUUGUGUCAGCAUGGAGAUUAGCACUUCUUAGUGUUGCAGUGAUUCCUGGAAUUGCUUUUGCUGGUGGUUUAUAUGCUUAUACACUCACAGGACUUACGUCGAAGAGCCGUGAAUCGUAUGCAAAUGCUGGCAUAAUUGCUGAACAGGCGAUUGCUCAAGUUCGAACGGUUUACUCUUACGUUGGUGAGAGUAAGGCGUUGAAUUCUUAUUCGGAUGCAAUACAAAACACAUUGAAGCUUGGAUACAAGGCGGGAAUGGCUAAAGGUUUAGGCUUAGGUUGCACAUACGGUAUAGCUUGCAUGUCGUGGGCGCUAGUUUUUUGGUAUGCCGGUGUUUUUAUCAGGAACGGCCAAACCGAUGGAGGCAAGGCAUUCACAGCUAUUUUCUCUGCCAUUGUCGGUGGAAUGAGUUUGGGUCAGUCGUUUUCGAACUUAGGUGCUUUUAGCAAAGGCAAAGCAGCCGGAUUCAAAUUGAUGGAAAUCAUCAAGCAGAGACCAACGAUUGUGGAAGAUCAAUUGGAAGGAAAGUGCUUAGCCGAGGUUAAUGGAAACAUUGAAUUUAAGGAUGUUAGUUUUAGCUAUCCAUCAAGACCGGACGUGAUGAUUUUUCGGAAUUUCUCAAUCUUUUUCCCUGCUGGUAAAACCGUUGCGGUUGUUGGUGGUAGUGGAUCCGGAAAGAGUACCGUUGUUUCGUUAAUUGAAAGGUUCUACGAUCCUAAUGAAGGUCAGGUUCUUCUCGAUAAUGUGGACAUUAAGACGCUACAACUAAAAUGGUUACGCGAUCAAAUUGGUUUGGUGAAUCAAGAGCCUGCACUUUUUGCAACUACCAUUCUUGAAAACAUACUCUAUGGAAAAUCCGAUGCAACAAUAGAUGAAGUAGAAGCCGCAACUUCUGCUGCAAAUGCUCAUAGUUUUAUUACAUUGCUUCCUAAUGGCUACAACACUCAGGUUGGAGAGCGAGGAGUUCAAUUAUCAGGGGGACAAAAGCAAAGGAUUGCAAUUGCGAGAGCAAUGUUGAAAAACCCGAAGAUCCUUCUCUUAGACGAAGCAACUAGUGCUCUUGACGCAGGAUCUGAAAGCAUUGUUCAAGAGGCGCUAGACCGUCUCAUGGUUGGUAGAACAACCGUAGUCGUUGCUCAUCGUUUAUCAACCAUUAGAAACGUCGACAGCAUUGCAGUUAUUCAACAAGGAGUAGUCGUCGAGACAGGAACACACGAAGAACUUUUUGCCAAGGGAGGAACCUACGCUUCACUAAUCCGAUUCCAAGAAAUGGUUGGAAAUAGAGACUUCUCAAACCCUUCAACUCGCCGGAACCGCUCUUCACGUUUAAGCCAUUCACUUUCAACAAAGUCUUUAAGCUUAAGGUCAGGAAGCUUGAGGAACUUGAGCUACCAAUACAGCACCGGAGCCGAUGGUCGAAUUGAGAUGAUCUCGAAUGCCGAAACCGAUAAGAAGAAUCCAGCUCCAGACGGAUACUUCUUCCGAUUACUCAAGAUGAAUGCUCCCGAGUGGCCUUACUCGAUAAUGGGAGCCGUUGGAUCGAUUCUUUCUGGAUUCAUCGGUCCAACUUUUGCAAUUGUUAUGAGCAAUAUGAUUGAAGUCUUUUACUAUAGCAACUAUGCAUCCAUGGAGAAGAAAACUAAAGAAUAUGUUUUCAUCUACAUUGGUGCCGGAAUCUACGCCGUUGGUGCUUACUUGAUACAACAUUACUUUUUUAGUAUCAUGGGAGAAAAUCUCACCACAAGGGUCAGAAGAAUGAUGCUUGCAGCGAUUUUGAGGAAUGAAGUUGGAUGGUUCGAUGAGGAGGAGCACAACUCGAGUCUUGUUGCGGCCCGCCUUGCCACAGAUGCAGCCGAUGUGAAGUCAGCCAUUGCUGAGAGGAUAUCAGUCAUUUUGCAAAACAUGACAUCUCUUCUCACUUCUUUCAUUGUUGCUUUCAUUGUUGAAUGGAGGGUUUCUUUGCUCAUCCUUGGAACUUUCCCUCUUCUUGUUCUAGCAAAUUUUGCUCAGCAACUAUCUCUCAAAGGGUUUGCUGGAGACACUGCGAAGGCUCAUGCUAAGACAAGCAUGAUUGCAGGAGAAGGAGUAAGCAACAUCAGAACAGUUGCAGCAUUCAAUGCUCAAAAUAAAAUGCUGUCCAUCUUUUGUCAUGAGUUACGUGUCCCGCAGAGCCAGAGCCUGCGUCGAAGUUUGACAUCGGGACUUUUGUUUGGUUUAUCUCAGUUAGCCCUAUAUGCAUCUGAAGCUCUCAUUCUAUGGUAUGGUGCACAUUUAGUGAGCAAAGGCGUUUCGACGUUUUCAAAAGUCAUCAAGGUGUUUGUUGUUUUGGUGAUCACGGCUAAUUCUGUGGCGGAAACUGUUAGUCUUGCUCCGGAGAUUAUCCGAGGAGGUGAAGCUGUUGGUUCGGUUUUCUCAAUUCUUGACCGAUCAACUCGAAUUGACCCUGAUGAUCCUGAUGCUGAAAUGGUUGAAUCGGUUCGUGGAGAGAUUGAGCUUAGACAUGUUGAUUUUGCGUAUCCUUCUAGGCCGGACGUCAUGGUGUUCAAAGAUUUCAGCCUUAGAAUUCGCGCAGGUAAAGUAAUGAUCGACGGAAAGGACAUUAGGAAGUUGAAUUUAAAGUCUUUAAGGCUUAAAAUUGGUUUAGUGCAGCAAGAACCGGCAUUGUUCGCAUCCAGCAUUUUCGACAACAUUGCAUAUGGUAAAGAAGGUGCAACAGAAGCCGAGGUUAUCGAAGCGGCUCGUGCAGCCAAUGUGCAUGGAUUUGUAAGUGGUUUACCCGAAGGUUACAAGACACCGGUCGGCGAACGAGGCGUGCAACUCUCCGGCGGUCAAAAGCAAAGGAUCGCCAUUGCAAGAGCUGUUUUAAAGGAUCCCGCAAUACUUUUACUCGACGAGGCGACAAGUGCACUCGAUGCCGAAUCCGAAUGCGUUCUACAAGAAGCCUUAGAGAGGCUAAUGAGGGGUCGAACCACCGUUCUCGUGGCUCAUCGUCUGUCAACCAUUCGAGGUGUCGAUUGCAUUGGCGUCGUGCAAGACGGGCGCAUCGUUGAGCAAGGAAGUCAUUCUGAACUCAUAAGCAGACCAGAAGGAGCUUAUUCUAGACUCUUGCAGCUUCAACAUCAUCACAUAUGA